GAAAGCGUCAGAAAUGUUUUGCGUUUGAGCUGAGAAGGUCUGCUUAAAGUUUCAAUAAGGAGUUUCGGAUGUUAUCGCUAAAGUGGCCGGUUUUGUGAUUAUCACGAAUAGAAACAACUCCAAAUAAAGUCUAAAGUGAACAGCACUCGAGCCGAAAGAUAUAUUCGAAUCCAAAACCUAGCUUAUUUUGCCGAUGGUGACUGCGGUGAAAAAGAAAAUUUGAAUAUAGAAAAAAUGGCCGAUUCGGACUGGAAGAGCCGCGUUGGAAUAGACAUAAAUUUCAGCUCUGGCGAUGAAGAGGACGACGACGAUGACGGCGAUAGCAGUAGCACCGUGGUAAGACCGUUCGCUGACGAGCCGGAUUUUGUCGAAGAUUUCUGCAGCAACUCGCAGGACUUUGAAGAAGGUAUCCGGAUAUCCUCCGUGGACGACGUACUCAGCCGGUACGCGGAACAGUAUGGUAGUACACCACCAAGGACAAGAAUAAAGAACAAAAGCAGAAGCUCUCGUCAAAGAAUGGAAGGAAAUGUCAGAAUGCGCACCGGUCGUUUGGCGCGUCCACGUGCUGACAGACGCAACACGGUUGACUGUGCUAUUUUGAACCAGAUGAUAAUGGAGACAGAUGGAGACGAAAAAGUUCGCAGCGACAAACGAUCGACGCAGCUACUGCGCGAAUCCGAAAGGGAGUUAAAGAUGGCAGCCGCUGUUAAUCCUGUAAUAGCAAGAAACUCGGCCAACCUUGGUCCAUCCCCUGGAUCUAUCGAGGAACGUGCUGAAAGUAUGCCGAUCACUAAUGUUCCUUCUGGAAUCGGCGCUGGAGUGAUCCCAACAUUGAUCGAAUCGUGCAAUCGUUUCAUGAGUGUAAAAUCCCGACCUGUGGGUUGUAGAACUUCGGCUCCUCCGUCCGCUUUUGUGAAUUUUCGCGAUUGCUCCAUCAAUGCAGGGUCUGAAAUACCUCAAAAUCGGAUCGCAUUUCACGAAACAUUCUCCAACUUGAUAAAACUAGGUAGUAUCGAUAAAGAUCGCACCAAUCGAAAUAUAAUCUCCACGGAAGAACGACUCUGGCAAACGCAUGUUAACGAUUUAAUAUGGCUGGAGCUACAAGCUUGGCAUGCCGAUCGCUCGGUUGAACAGCAGGAUAAGAUCCUUUGUCAGGCUAGAAACGAAAUCGACAUAUUACUAGAGGAAAUCAUGAAUUUUCGAUUCCAAAGACAUUUAGCACGAAACGUAAGUGAUUUGAGCCAGGCUGACAGUGGAUUGGGAUCAGACGCCACAGCUUCCACGGUCAACGGUGACACCAUUCGUGAGUUCUGUUUCGGUUGUCUAUCGAUGUACUGUAAGGAUUGUUUGGAGAUUCAAACGAUCGCAUUGAAACAGGUAGAGGACCUCUUACUGCGGUUAGAAUCCAAGGAAAGUCUGUUCCCUUCAUCCAAAGCAAUGGGCAUGGCAUUUCCAUUGUACCAAAGUGAGGCAUUUGUUGGCAAGGUCAAAGCGAUGUGCCUUUGGUACAAUAUGACCAAGCAGCAUCGAUUAACCUUGCUAAUAUUAGGCAAAUUACUGGCGCGACUUCAGGGAAACAAGAAACCUUACCAUUGGCCAAUCAUGGAGACGGACAGUUCUACAAGUUCUUCGGUGCAGGAGGAACCUUCUGAAAUCGGCGAUAGUGGACUAGGCGAAUCAACAUCCAGUUCGACCGGAAGUUGUUCAGCUAGACGAGUUCAGUUCGUAGACGAAGGAAGUGCUACAGAAAGUGCUAAUAGUGAUGAAUCCGGUCGUGACUAUUCCGAUAUGGAAGACUUCUCCAUUCGGCGGCAUUACGCGUUCACUGAAGAAACUGAAAUGAGUCAAUAUAUAAACACGUUGAAUUUUUACAGUGUCAACUCUAUCACGGAGGUUACCUCGCAUACGGCAAACAAUUCUACCACGCUAUAUCGACGGUAUAUCGAAAAUGUCCUCAAGUGUCGUGGCCUUGGGAAGUCACUAACGUUCCUGCAUCGAUUACACAACGUUGUACUGCGAAAAGCACAGCUAACACUGGAAAAUCCAGACACUCAAGAACACGAAGAUGACAGUUUGUUUAUCGAGGAGGAUGUACCGUGCAUUGAACCACCACUGGACAAGGAACAGGAAUCUGAGCUCCGUCGUUUUGGUGCUUGGAGUAGCGAAGCCAAACAACUGAAACUACCUUCGUAUGUUUCUGCUUUUAUCUUUUUAUCGCUCAUUCCCUUGGAAGUAAUCCAAGAAUUUCUAAAGAUGCGGCUUGAAACAAGACCGCUACAACCAAACCCGCUCAGUUUAGAGCAACAUAUUAAGGAGCUGAAGGAAGGCCUAACACUUGCUAUGAUUCAUCGCGACAGAUUUCAGAAGCAUAUAAAUACCGCCCUGUAUGAUCGCGAAUCGGAAUUGGAUAAAUAUAUGGGAGUGCUGGAGACAUUCGAUGGUACGGUGAGGAAAAUUUUUGAACUAUAUUUGGAGUAUGCUGAGCAGUGGAUUCUGGUGGCCACACCAGAAGGUCAUCAGAAAUCAGCGUUGGAUGAGGAGUGGCGCUUCACUAAAUUGGUUUGUCCGAUGAUUCCGGGACAACACGCCACUGCGGCGAAACGGUUUUGCAAUAUCGUGGAAAAGGUUCUGGAAGACAUAGGGAGGCAGAUGAUUGCACGGCUGCGUGAGUUGGAUGAUCAAUUAAAGUCGAUUGACAAUACUCCGGUUGAUAAAUCGGGCAAAAAGUGGCAAUUUCUAGCCCUCUGCCGAGAGACGCAGGACGUGUUUACAUUUGCACGUGAUAAAACCAUGAAAACUAUGGCCUUUGCUAAAGGUUUGUUCCGUGAUCUAGAAAAAUGUGACUUUCACCGGGACCAUUGCGAUGAAGGAGAGGAAGAAAGUGAGGAUGGCGUAGUGUUAAGAAACAACCUUGGACGCAAGAAGAGUCCGGUAUGUCAAGAGGUUGUCGAUAUUUUACGUUUGGUGAAGAAAAAUGCUUUGUUGUUCCGUAAUAAGCUAACGUCUGUUAUUGAAAAUCUACAAAAUGAGUGUCAUGUGCGGAAUAUGGCGGAUAUGGAUGAGAAUGAUCGGAUUGCGGUACUGUCGAGAACUCGUGAAAUUCUACAUCAGGGGUACAAGUUUGGCUUCGAGUAUCACAAGGAUUUAGCGAGGCUGUACGAGACAAAAGCGGAAAACUGUCGCGAUCCGGAGAGUGAAUUGAAACUUUCCAAUGCGAUCGUUCACUUUGCCAAACUGUGGAUGAAGUUUGUUACGGAACGUUGUGAGAGAGGCAGAGGUCUUCGUCCACGAUGGGCCAAUCAAGGUUUGGAGUUCCUAAUUUCAGCCUGUGAUCCACAGUGUACUAGUCACCUGCGUAAUGCAGAAUUCGAAGAUCUUAAAUCAAAAAUGGAUGCGUGCAUUUCGCAUGUUAUUGGUAGUAUUAAGGAGCCGGAGAGAUUGCGACGAUCACCGCGAUCUAGGAAAAGUUCUCCAUCUCCUUCCCCAACGCCGGGACGUGCAUCAAUCCCUACAAUUACACUCAGCAAAACUUACCAGAACCAGUUGAGUUUACGAGAAGACGGCGUUGUGCUCAGAUCGCAUCAUACAACUGACUCUUACGAUGUUUACCGAAAGCAGACAUCAUACGAAAGUGUUCCGGAAAUAAGAAUACGUGUACCAACGGAAACGUUGCUUGGCACCAAACCACUGCGGCAGCUACGUGUGCGUGACGCUAUCAACAAGCUUGAUUACGCGUUGAACGAAAAAUUACGUGACAGAAACCUGAUUGGCAACGUCAAAGAGAUAAGCUACUGUGAUAAGGUGCUGAACAGAGCACGUAGUGUGAAUUUCAGCUGGCAUCGAGGCAUCAAAAUAGGUCAAGGUCGAUUCGGGAAGGUAUACACAGCGGUGAACAAUUCGUCCGGCGAAUUGAUGGCAAUGAAGGAGAUUGCGAUCCAGCCUGGCGAAACGAGUGCGAUUCGAAAGGUUGCCGAGGAGCUGAAAAUAUUCGAAGGCAUCAAUCACAGAAAUUUGGUGAAAUAUUAUGGAGUGGAAAUUCAUAGGGAGGAAUUGCUUAUUUUCAUGGAACUAUGUCCGGAAGGAACAUUAGAAAGCUUGGUGGAACUCAAUGGUGGACUUCCGGAGGCACAUUCACGUCGCUAUACGAUUCAAUUACUCUCCGGUGUAAAGGAACUGCAUCGGCAUGGGGUAGUACAUCGAGAUUUAAAGACAGCCAAUAUUUUCCUAACUAGAGAUGGAAACUGUCUCAAACUGGGUGAUUUUGGAUCUGCGGUAAAGAUCCAAGCACACACUACGAUACCGGGCGAAUUGAAAGGAUACGUCGGAACGCAAGCUUACAUGGCACCGGAAGUUUUCACCAAAACAAACAGCGAGGGUCACGGCCGAGCAGCUGACAUUUGGUCCGUAGGAUGCGUCGUCAUUGAAAUGAGCAGUGGAAAGCGCCCUUGGCAUCAGUUUGAUUCCAACUUUCAAAUCAUGUUUAAGGUGGGUAUGGGGGAAACGCCAGAGAUACCGGACUGUUUAUCGGAGGAAGGUCAAGAUUUUGUCACUAGCUGCCUACAGCAUGACCCGAAGCAACGACAAUCGGCAGCAGAGUUGCUACAGCAUAAUUUCUGUAAGGUGAGUGACGACAGCAUGAAGGAUUUGGAUUUGGAGACUCAACGGUCUUUUCGACGAAAUCUUAACUCAUCGUCGUCAACCAAGUCGUGAGAAAACCGACUGACCAUCAAACGAAUAACUUGUUCAAAUACUACUUGCAUACAUCUACUUUGUCAGCAGCCAGUUAUUUCCUACACAUACACACACAAUUACGAGUAUCAUAAAGACUGUUCAGUAUUGAAGUUACGAAACGAUCAAAGAUAAAAAGGACAUUACUACUUAAUCUCAUGCUAAACCAAGUUAUACACACAUUCCAUCAACAUAUUUUCGGACAUUCAGGAAAUUUAGUAGAUUUUCCAUCGCCCCGUGGUAGAUCACUAUAAGGUAAUGUGACCAGGCGCCCCCGAUUAGACGCGUUAGUAUUUUUU